AUGUUCGGGAAUCUCUUUGAGGAAGAAGAGGAGGCAGGUUUCUCACCUAGCCAUUCUCAGCUGGGAAGAGUUGCGAAGGGGGGAGAGGAGCCACCUCUACCACGGGGAAAGGGCAACCUUAGCGGCAUUAAGAACCAGGGAGGGACGUGCUACCUCAACUCUCUCCUCCAAACGCUGCUGUUCACCCCCGAGUUCAGAGAGGAGCUGUUCAGUUUGGGGCCAGAGGAACUGGGAUGCCUGGAAGACAAAGACAAACCAGAGGCCAAAGCUAGAGUGAUCCCAUUGGAGCUUCAGAGGCUGUUUGCCCGUCUGCUGUUAGUGGAUCAGCAGAGUGCCUCAACUGCCGACCUCACCGAUAGCUUUGGCUGGAGCAACAGUGAGGAGACAAGUCAGCAUGAUGUGCAGGAGUUGAACAGGAUUCUGUUCAGUGCUUUGGAGCACUCUCUAGUGGGCACCAGUGGUAGUUCGCUCAUCCACCGCCUGUAUCAUGGAACCACUGUCAACAGCAUCGUUUGCAAGGCGUGCAACAACGUCAGCCAGAGACAGGAAGACUUCCUCGACCUGACAGCUUGUGUGUGCGGUGUGUCUAGCCUGGAAGGCGCACUGUGGGAUAUGUUUAUGGAGGAAGAGUUGUUUCAGGGCAACAAUCUGUAUCGCUGUGCCCACUGUGACAGACUGGUCACUGCUGCCAAGUCUGCCAAGCUGAGGAAGCUCCCUCCUUUCAUGACCAUUUCUCUCCUGAGGUUCAGCUUCGACUUUGCCAAGUGUGAACGCUACAAGGAGACAGGACGCUAUGCCUUCCCCCUCACCAUUAACCUGCGGCCAUUUUGUGAACAGGCUGAAGGAGAAGACUUGGAUUACUCCUACGAGCUCUUUUCUGUCAUUAUCCACAAGGGUGGUUGCUAUGGUGGCCAUUACCAUGUGUAUAUCAGAGAUAUCGACCAGCUGGGCCAAUGGGAGCCACCGGAAGAGGACGCUAAACCUAAGAGUCAGAAAAAAGUCAAGGAGGUCAGCAUGUCUGAGCCAGAGCUAGAGAAAGAUGACCCUCUGUCUGUGCUCACUACUAUUAUAGCCGAGGAGCCAUCCAAAAGUGUGCUGCUGGACCAACUUGGCCAGAAACUGAUGGACAAAAUCGGCUCCUCUUGGAGCAAGAAGUUCAGAAAACAGCAUGGCCCCAUAGGAAAGUUCCUGAAGUCCCACAAUGAUGUGUUUAUCUUGGUGUCUAACGGCACCCAAGUGGCACUGAAGGCUAACCCGCCGAGCCCCAUGACAGAGCCCCCCAGCCCAGCAGACCAAACUGCUGACCCUGAUCCGUCCCCAGCUCAGGACCCAGGAGCUGUGGGCACUGAGACAGAACUGCAGCAGGAACCGAAAGCUGAGCAGAAGUUGAGUCACUGGUUUGACUUGAAUGACUCUAUGGUGACCCCCAUCAGGGAAUCUGACAUAGAGAAGCAGUUUCAGGGCAAAGAGAGUGCCUACAUGCUGUUUUACAGGAAAGCACAACUGUGCAGGCCCAGUGAAGCCCUGAACAAUCCCCUGUAUAAAGUUCCUGCUCACCUAGUGCAGAUGGCUCAGGAGGAGAACAGCGUUUUGCAACAGAGACGUGAGGAGUUUGAGGCCAGUAAUAACAGUAUAGAGCUGCGCCUGCACCUGGCACCCUCAUAUAAGCUGGAAAAUGGAGGCCUUCAGCGAAUCGGCAAAGAUCAGGAUGGUGUUGUCACCCUUAGGUUUGACCGUAGAAAGACAGUUGAAGACUUGCGAUUAGCCAUAUACCAGAUGCAGGAACUUUGGGAAGGGGAUAUGGCUCUGACUGUGGCCAAGAGUCUCCCAGCCGGUCUACACCUCUACAAUACGCUGACAGAUGACAACAUCUCCCUGUACAGUGCAGGCAUCUACACCAACUCUGACCUGUUUGUGUGGAAUGGGAAAGAGGUGUGUGGUGCCGUUGUUUUAACUGGAACGGAGUGGGAGCCGGUGCUAUUGACUGUAGUUCGCCCCUUCCUGGGGGACUACGGGGAGGGGGUGCUGGAAAAUGGGGUGGGGGAUGGGCAAGCUGGAGACGGGGCCGAAAAUGGGGGGCAAGGGCUUAAAAGGGAGCCGAAGGGUUUCGCUGGGGGAAUAACCCUAGGGAAGGUCAAGGAAGCCCUGGGGGAGCCCCAGGACAGUCUCCUUUGCCAGGAGCACAGGGCAGGGAAGGGAGGAGGGCAGAGCCAAGGAGAGGGGGGAGGGGCCAGCGGGUGGAGGGUGUUCCCACCCGAAGACAUGCAGCGCACGCUGAAAGAGCUGGCGCUGAAGGACGGGGACGCGCUGCUGGUGCUGGAGCAGCAGUCGUUUGACAGCAGUGUGUUCAGUCGCAGUGGAGAUAUGGUCACUGUGACAACACCAUCAGACUGUCGCUGGCUGCAGGUGGAGUUCCAACUUCACAAAGCAGGAAAGGAGGGGGAGAGGAAGAAAACGAAGGUCCCGGCCUCUGGAAAUAUGUUGAUGUCUGAGGUGAAGCAGACAGCCAUAGAUGAGCUACAGCUAAAGGACCAGCUUGCAGGUGUGGAGUGCUGUCUGAGACAGCUGGAUCGAACCGGGAAACUCCUUCCUCCAGUGUGUGAGGAGCUGAAUGUUCGGGAUGCAGGAGUUCGACUCAUGACAACCAUGGUUCUUUGUCCUGGAGCUGCACCAAAGGCAUCACAGUUGUUCUUGCACUUCUGUGUGGGCACAGCGUCCUCUGCUGGCACAGCGAUGGACAUUGUUGUAGAACAGACUUGGACUGUUGCAGAGUGUCUCAAAGCAAUGCUUAAGGCUGUGGGACUUGAAGGCAAUAGUUGGCACCUGAGGAGACUGGAUUGGUGUGAGGAUGUUGGAGAGCCACUCAUGGACAAGGAUGCUUCUCUGGCAGAGUUGAAGAUUAGUCAUGGAGAGACGCUAGUAGUAACAGAGGGAGAACUACCUCCAAAGGGUUUUCUCAAGCUGUCAGUGUGGCUGUCUCUGAAUUCCACCAACGACUCAGCAGUCUCCAUAGAAACUGACUUUAAUCACACCAAUAAUGGCUUCUCUGAGGGAGAGAAGCUAGGAGUAAUGAGUGCAGAGCUGAGAGCUAUAGGACAGGUGGAGAUCACAGAUGAGGCUACGCUAGAGGACCUCAAGACUCAGGUGUUGACACUGCCAGCCCUUCAGCAUGUGUGCUUUCCCUCUCCGGCAUUCCUGCGUGUGUGGCAGUUAGAGGGAAACAGACCGGCACGUAUCCUCAGAGGGCAACAGCUCACACUCAGGAAGCUGAAGCUUGCCAAUGAUACUGACAUUUGUGUGCAACAGUUGAUGACAGAGGAGGAUCUUGGCCCUAAGGAGGUGUUACUGCAUAUUCAGAUGGGCAUACCAGGGGAGAGGUGCUACUACCCUCCAGAAGAAUUGAUCUGGGAUGCCACCCGUGACUCCUCUCCCCGCUCCCUGCACACAGCCCUGGCUGUCCACUAUGGCCUAUGUCCUGAUUCAUUGCUGCUGGCCAAACACCAGCCAGACAAACACAUUUGGGACCCCAUUUCCAACUGGAGCCAACAGGUGUCCAAACGGAAAAAGAAGAAAAAGGCAGAGUCUCUCCUGGGAGCACCAUUUCACCUCAAAGAUGGAGACAAAAUUGGCAUCAAGAACCUGUUGAUCGAUAGCAACAGGGACUUCUGCACUGUGGAGGAUGAGCAGGACCAGCAGAGGUUGAGAGAGCAGGCGGAGCAAUGCACCAAAGAAGGGAAGAGCGCAGGCUCUGUUGAUCCUCACAGGACAGGGCCAGAGAAGAAGGCUGGUCCAACCAACACCAGGAAGCCGGAGGUAGCGCUGUCAAUCAAUGUUGGGACGUUCAGAUAGCCCUGCUUUUGUGGAUGGAGAGAAGAAUUCUCAACUACCUAUUACUAAAUGCACACACAAAGGCAUCGCGGUGGAAAAAAGGACUAUCCCUUAAACCUGUAAACUUAAACCAACCCUGCCCUUUCAGUAUUUCUUAGUCUGCUGUUAUAGGCAGAGAAGAACAGGGGAAUUCAUCUCUGGCCCUUAACUUUGGAGUUUGGUGACUGUAAUCUGUGUAUUACCUCUAUGCAAUAUUACAGGACACGGGGAGAUCAUCUUUUUCACUAACCCCUCUUGACAGCUCUCAAAUACUGUCAGCCGCUCCCCCUUUUCCUAUCUUUUUUCUGUAUAUUCACCUUUUUUUAGGUCUAGUAAUACAUUUUUUGAUCGUUAGAGGUUCAAGCCUUUGCCAGAUGAAUCAACAGUUUUAAUAUAGCAGUAUAGAUUUAACCAUAUACUGUAAGCCUGGGCAUAGGGGAGACAAUGUUGAUUUCAGUUCUUUUUAUUUUCACAGGCUAAACUGGCUAUUACAUACUGCUGCUCUUAGCUAGAGUGGGUAUGCCUUGUACAAGUCUGUAUAUAUUAAAUUAGUUGAGGUGGGAAAUUUAGACUAGCCAGAGCCCAGCUGCUUCAAAAGCGGGAGAGUUUGUCUAGUCUGGCAAGUAGCCUAUUCUGUUUGAAACUAUUUUAAAGAUUAUUGUAGCCCUUAAAAUUGCAAAUUUUGUCAACAUUUCUUUUAUUCUACAGCCAUCAUGCUCCAGGAAUGAAAGAGUUGAUACCUUGGGUCAGUGGGUUUUAUAGAUGAACGUGUCUUGAUAAGAGAGAGGCGAGCCAGGCCUUAAAGUGGAGAAGCCGCAAUGCUGCUCUGUCCUCCCUACCUCACUCUCUACCUCUCUCACUCUACCUCUUCUUUCCUGCGCUCUAUUUUUUCCUCUACUGCUUUCAUAGUUUCGCUUUCCUUCACCCUUUGCUCCCCAUUCUCCUCAAGCUGUCCUUGCUUGCUCUGCUAUGUUGUGGCCUGUGGUUUUUCAAUGGGAAACAUUGUUCGGUAUUGUGGCUCUUUCCUGCAAUUACUUUGAGUGUUGAAUGACUCAAAGAUUAUGAGGUCAAAGUGCAGAUUGUGUGCUUUAAUCAGAGGCUUAUUUUGAAUCAUAUAAUGAUAACAGUUAUGGAACUACGAUCCAUUUGAUCAGUGGUUCCCCCCCAAGCAUCAGUCCAGCAACUUUUGGACAGGUGAAAAUUUGACCCAAUCUCAUGGUCUCAAACUCCCCAUUUCAUCAUGUUGUCAUCAGCUUGUGAUCAUCACAUUCAGAGAACAAGUGCAUAGAGCAGAAACAUCCGACUAUGUGUCACUGUUGUAAUUAUUAUGGAGCCCACUGUAGCUGACUUCCCUGGAAUGGUCUCACACCAGUAAAAUACUUGUAACAGAAAUCCAACUGGUCUCCAACAACUGUUAAACUCAUAAAAUACUAAAGAAAUGUUCCUGAUUUGCUAUGAUUAUAUUUAUCUUUACUGUGCACCACCAUGAUAUGGUUCAUUUGCAUGCAAUAUAUUGUGAACUUCAGGGAUUCAUAGAUUAUGACAAAUUGUCAUAAUUUGCGAAAAUGUCUAGGCUCUGUGUUAAGCACUUCAUUUGAAAAUAUGCUUUGAUUUGUGUACUUGAUUUUGUUAUUGACAAGAGACUUUAUAUAAUGCUUGCAGAAAUAAUGGUUUGUUUUAUUUUAUUUUGUGGAUUAAUCAGGCCUGUAUCAGUGCCAAGAAUGUGCAUGUAUUAAUUUCCUCAGAGAUUUGUGUUUUUUGAGGUAUAUAUUGAAUUAUUUUUCACAUUUGUUGCAAUAGCGAGUAAUUGCCUUUUGUAUCAGCUGUUAUCAUUUGUUCGUAUUCACUUUCCAUCAAGGAUUAGUCUGCUGUAUACAUGUGGUUACAGAUGGACAUCUGCUAUUUUGUGUCAUUGUAUUUACAGGAGGUAUUUUAUCAACAAUGAACAAUA